GAAGACGUUGAGGCUUCCUUCAGCAGGGAACAUAGAGCCCAUGGGCAGUAGGUCAUGGACGACCCUCCAGGCGCUGACGGUGCUGCUCCUCCUGGGUCACAGCCGGGUCUGGUGCAAGAAGCACAAGUGGGUGUCGGCCAGCGUGGACGCCAGGUGGCAGAGCACCCCCUGGCUCCUCGAGGCCUCCGAGUUCCUGCACGAUGAGAGGCCCGACCUCUUCUGGCGGUUUGCGGAUGCCUUGGCCGACCUCGACCCGGAGUCCCUGCAACUCAGUGAGCGUUCGACAAAUGCAAUUGUGAAUCGAGCUACUGUAUCUCGUCACACAGAAACGGACAAGGAGUACUUCGAGACGGUGGUGGGACUGGCGAGGCGGUUCCUCAACAGCGAGACCAAGGCGCGGCUCCUGAAGCACGCCCUCUCGCUGCGGUACCACUCGCCCCGGGUGGAGAUGUUCCACCAGAUCGGCCUCCAGCUAUGGCCCGACGCCAAGGAGACUCAGGACCCGUGCUCCGCAUUUGUCGAUGUCCACGGCCGUCGCACGUGUCGGCCGGUUGAUGUGAAGCCCUUGCUUGAAAACGCAGGCAUGAGGAAUGCCAGUGUCCUCUAUCAGACGGACCAUCAUUACCCAGGCGGGGAGGGAAGGCCCACGAAGGUGAUCCUGUAUGCCGAGAUGGGCUCUCAGGCCUUCAGGGACUUCCACCCCGUCCUCAAGGACCUGGCCUCUAGUGGUCAGGUGGACUAUGUCCUCAGGCAUUUCCUGCCGGAGCGAGACCCAGGGAAGACCCGUUUGACAGGCUACGGGGUGGAGCUGCAGCUGAAGAGUACAGAGUAUAAGGCGACUGAUGACAGCAAGGUUGCCGACGACUCCAAUGCGGAUGGCGACCAGGAGGACCUCGGUGAUGACGAAGUGGAUGGCUACAUCUUCUCCAAGCUGAAGGCUCUCCACCCGGGUGAGGUCGAAGCGCUGGAGAAGUGGCGGGAGCACCUGCUGCAGUCGGCCCUGGAGAUCCCGCCGCUGAAGGUGUGGGAGCUGCAGGACCUGAGUCUCCAGGCCGUCACCCGCAUCAUGGCCGCCGCGAGCCCCGAGGAAGGCCUGGCUGCUCUCGUUGAUCUGUCGCAGAAUCUCCCUGUUCAGACCAGCCACCUGGUGAAGACGAAAGUGGACCCAGAGCUGAAGGCCGAGAUCAAGAGGAACCAGAAGACGCUGGAGGAGUCACUGAGCCUGGGCGCAGGGGAGGCGAGCCUCCGCCUCAACGGGAUCCUCCUCGACGUGGAUGCCCUCGAGGUCUUCGCGCUCCUUGACAUCCUCCGCAGCGAAGAGAAGCGCAUGCAUGCCCUCUUCCAGCUUGGCAUGAAAGAACCGAGUCAGCUGCAGGAAAUGUUGCAGGGAAACUUCCAGGAGAAGUCGGGCCUGAGCCAGCUGACGUCCUAUGCGAUCGACAUCAGGGACUCGGCAGUGUCCUUCAUUAACGACAUUGAGACCGACAAGCAGUUCCGGCACCUGCCACGGAGCCUGGACGAGCUCCUGCGACCGUCACUCAUGGGCAUGGCACGCACUGUGCGACGCAACGUGUAUCAUCUGGUACGUCUGGAUCCAUUUAUGUUCAGGAAGCUCUCAAAAAAGAUGACAUUUCAUUUAUUCAGUGACCCUCCCCCUAUGAUUUCAGAAUUUUUUAUGAUUCUGCAGGGGGAUGAAGUCCUCGUGAUCGACCCGGGGAGUCGAGAUUCCCUGUUCCCCCUGGAGAUGAUGGAUUUCCUCACGAGCACGGGACUCCCCAUCCGCAUCGGCCUGGUCCUCUCCCCGGCCGUCGAUCCCGCGGCGGACCCGUCGGGCAUGGAGCACGGGGGGCUCGCAGCCAUGACAGCAUUCAACUAUGCCGUCCAGCACAACAAGCCCUACAUUGGGCUCUCUCUUCUCAUCAAGGCCCUGAAAAAGAGCAGUGACCGCUUGGAGGCCAAGGACGUGCAUGAGGUGUUUCAGAAGGAGUUCAAGGGCGUGUCCCUUGAGGAAGUGUUCUCCGAGGAUUCCUCCUACGACUUCGGGCGCCAGCUGGCAGCUGAAUUCCGUGAAAAGUGUGGCUUCAUCACACUCCCACAGAUGCUGUUCAAUGGGGUCCCAAUGGAUGAGAAAUACUUGGGGAGCCAGGACCUGUUCGAGGAGGGGCUGAUGACGGAGUUCCGCACGAACAUGGUCCUCAUCCAGAAGGCCGUGUUCGAUGGGUCGCUGAAGGAGCCCAUGGAACCCCUCGACUUCCUCAUGUCGCUCCCUCACGUCGUCCCCAGAUUGAACCGUCGCAUCUUGGAGACGGAGGGACAGGUGUACCUGGACCUGAUGGGAGAACUUGCAGCCGAUUUUGAAGUCGACCCCGAAGCCUUUGCCCAAUUGACCGAGAGGGAGAAGACGGCGUUCACGAUGGCCCGCAUGCGAUACCUGAGGAGCAGCAAUUCCCACCCCCUGUCCUAUUGGCUCGUCGGGGACUUCGACUCUCCCGAAGGACUCGCGCUGCUCUAUAACGCCCUGGAGUUCCUGAACGAAGACGACCAGGUGCGUCUGGGUCUCGUCUUCAACCCGGAGCACGACAACAGACUCGGAAUCAGUCGGAGCAUCCUGGCAGCCCUGGGGAGCCAGGACAACGGCGUUGCCACGACCAUGCUGCGUCGACUGUCGGACCCGGAUAAUGUGAAGCGGCUCCUCUCCGGGGAUUUGGAUCCGGCCUCUCUUCUUCCCAAGGCAGGGGAUCCUGAGAAGUACAAGGAGGCUGAAGAACGGCUGAAGAGCAACUCGAACGUGUUCAAGAUCCACUCCAACUAUGCAUCCCAUGUCCUUCGAUUCCUUCCGGGACAGAUGGGACUGAUUGCAAAUGGAAGGGUGCUGGGUCCCCUUAACCCCGAUGAGACGUUCCGGGACCAAGACUUCCGCCUGCUCGAGCAGGUCCUCCUCCAGUCCAUCGUCCAGGUCCUCCAAUCUCGACUCGGCCAGAUGGGUCUCCUUCGAGUGAUGAGGGCCACGGCCAUCCUCGCUCCGUCGUCGGACAGCCGAGUCAGGCACCAGGCCCCACCUGUCAGUGACAAACACAGCGUGCUGAGGCUGUCGAGCGAGGUCGAGGGAGAGCCAUCGUACGACAUCGAGGUCGUGCUGGACCCCCUGAGUCGGGGGGCCCAGAAGCUGGCCCCGCUCCUCGUCGUCCUCCUCAAUGUCGUCCCGGCUCGCCUCUCCAUCAUCUUCAACUGUGUCCUUCAGCAUAGCGAGAUCCCUCUCAAAAGCUUUUACCGCCUGGUCCUGGAGGCAGAGCCGAAGUUUGCCGAGGACGGAGGGCACGUGGCACCGGUGGGUUUCUUCCCGAGCCUCCCGCACUCGCCCAUCCUCACCAUGAGCUUGGACUGCCCAGAGAACUGGCUGACCGAGGUGGUGAAGAGCCCCUACGACCUUGAUAACAUCCAACUCGAGGCUGUGACCUCUGGUGUUUAUGCAGAAUAUGAGCUGGAAUACUUAUUGCUGGAAGGGCAUUGCUUCGAGAGCCCAUCGGGAAACCCACCCCGAGGUCUCCAGUUGACCCUGGGCCCCCUGGGUGAGGACAUUGCCACCGUGGAUACCAUCGUGAUGGCCAACCUGGGCUACCUCCAGCUCAAGGCCAACGCCGGGGCCUGGCAGCUCCGCAUCCGGCAGGGACGCUCCCGUGAUCUCUUCCAGAUCUCCAGUCACGAGGGAACCGACAGUCCUCCCGGUGCAUCGGAAGUCCACGUCCUCAUGGGGUCGCUCAGGAGUCGAGUGAUCAAGCUGCGGGUGGCGAAGCUGCCCGGGAAGGAGAACGAGAAGCUCCUCGUGGAGGACGACGACCAGGCCGAAUCGGGCUUCUGGGGAUCCCUGUCCAAACCUGGGUGGUUUCCCCUUGUCGUGAAUGCCAGCCUGCCUCUGUUGGGAGACCUGGUCGACCAGGUCCAGGUCAUCGCCCGGUUCCUCCGGGAAAGCCUGGUGGGAGGUGGGAAGGAGGGAGAGGGGGAGGAGGAGAAGGUGGAGACCAUCAACAUCUUCUCGAUCGCGUCGGGGCACCUGUACGAGCGCUUCCUCCGCAUCAUGAUGCUCAGCGUCCUCAAGCACACCAAGUCCCCGGUCAAGUUCUGGUUCCUCAAGAAUGUCCUCUCUCCCACGUUCAAGGACUUCCUGCCUUACAUGGCCAAAGAAUACGGGUUCGAAUACGAGCUGGUGCAGUACAAGUGGCCCCGCUGGCUGCACCAACAGACGGAGAAGCAGCGCAUCAUCUGGGGCUACAAGAUCCUCUUCCUCGACGUCCUCUUCCCGCUCGACAUCAAGAAGAUCAUCUUUGUCGAUGCCGAUCAGGUUGUGAGGACGGAUAUGAAAGAGUUGAUGGACCUACCUCUCAACGGAGCACCUUAUGGGUACACACCCUUCUGUGACUCAAGGACAGACAUGGAUGGUUUCAGGUUCUGGAAGAGUGGGUAUUGGGCAAGUCACCUGAUGGGGAGGAAGUAUCACAUUUCGGCAUUGUACGUGGUGGAUCUGCGGCAGUUCCGCCGCCUGGCCGCGGGAGACCGCCUGCGGGGUCAGUACCAAGGACUCAGUAGGGAUCCAAACUCUCUCUCCAAUCUUGAUCAGGAUCUGCCCAACAACAUGAUGCACAGUGUGGCCAUCAAAUCACUGCCACAGGAGUGGCUCUGGUGCGAGACGUGGUGCGACGACGCAUCGAAGCAAUACGCCAAGACCAUCGACCUGGUGAGCCGACCGCAUCUGCUCGACAAUGUGACGAUCGUAAAAAUUGGUGACGGUGAUGAGGAGUGCCAGAUUUACCAAGAAGGAGAUUUGUUAAUAAAUGAUCAUUUUACAUUUCAUUAUAUCUGGUGGAACUCUGGCACGUCCGAUGGUAUUAUCUCCCCGCAGUGCAAUAACCCAAAGACGAAAGAAGCCAAGCUGACGGCAGCGAUGCGGAUCAUCCCGGAAUGGAGGGAUUACGACGGCGAGAUCAAGGCCCUCAUGGAGAAGUACCUGAAGGAGAGGGAACUUCCUGCUGCCCCUUCCACCAAGGCUCAGCCAGGUUCGGUCAGUCAUGACCACUCAGAAUUGUGAUUUCUUCCUGUGAUUACGAGUGAUUGUGAGUGAUUCAACACCAAGUGAGGCAGAUCACCAGAACGUUGAUCCUUCUCGAGACGACGGCCUGGAGUGAUCUCGAGGGUGGAGCAAGACUUCGACAGGCUGUUAUUUCCGCCAUUGCGAGAUUCGACAGGCUGUUAUUUCUGUUGUUGUCGUCGGACGUUCCACGGACUGUCCCCAUGUCGACACGUUUCACGCAUGCGAGCGAAUAAGUCACUUCAGGUACAAAUAUGGAUUCUCCUGCUCGGUUAGGAAGGGCAGGGACUGCAACAAGUUGAUUCUGUUCUCCAGUUUUGUCAUUUGAAUUCAGAGUCGAUUCUAAUUUGUUUAGAGGGAAUGUCGCCCGAGGGUUUUGCGGGUCCCUCGCGCUCAUCACACGUCAAAGGCCUCUCUUGGCAAGGUCCACGUUCUCUGGAAUGCGAUCUCUCUGUUGUUUAGAAUUGCUGUGCGAAAAACUGCUGUGGAGGCGUUCCUGUGUGAUUUUUAUAGGCAUGGAUGCGGUGAGGGAAUAAAGAUGCUUGGUGAC